CAGCUCGGGCGCUCGGCUGUGGCUGGUAGUUGGCGUUGUAGCAACGGAAGGUAGCGGCGUAGCGGCUCCUCCGGGAGCUGGGGAGGCGGCGCGGGCCGAAGUGCCGCGGGGUGGCGCCGGGAAGUUCAGCGCGCGCCCUUCUCGGCGGUCGGUGGCGUCCCGAUGCGGGCGCCUCGUGGGCAGCCCGCCCUGGAGGAAUCUCUGCAGCGAUACCAGAGGCGGCUCCGAGAGCGUGCUAAUGAAAGUAUCCAUCAGCUGAAAUAUGCCUUGGAGGAAAGCCAUUUCACGGAGAAUGAGGAUAAAGUUGGAUUUGACCAGUCCUCUGUGGACAAGAGCAGUGAUGAUGUGGACAGAUGCAGUGACAACAGUGGCGAUCCACCCUGGGAGGAGCUACAGCACAGUCAUGCAGUUAAUCAACUUAAAAUUUUGUUGCAACAUCAGGAGAAGAUGGAAAGUGAAGCCUCUCCAUCAAGGAGGAAGAUGCAAUUCCGAAAAACCCCAAAAGCUGCAACAGAAGACUUACCAGACCCUUCUGAUCUUAUUCCUAGAAUUAAUGAUCAGUCUCAGUACAUUAACCAUUUAGAAGCAGAAGUGAAGUUUUACAAGGAGGAGUUGUCUGAGGUGAAAGAUCAGGUUCGAGUAGUUAUACUUGAAAAUGAAGACCUCCAUCAGAAACUGAAAUUUUUGACUGCAGAAUAUACCUUGGGAGAACAAGCUCUUCCAGAUACCUCAAACUCCAGGCAUAAUGACUUGAAGCUGCAUCAACCUUCUAUACCAUCAUCAGCAUAUAACAGAGAUCCAGCUUUGGUUUCAAAAACUGUUGGAGAAGUAGAAAAAUGGCAUAUAGAACUGGAGAAACUAAAGCUUCUUUAUCAGGAUAAAAUCAAUAUCUUGGAUGCCCAAGUACAAUCUCUAAGGAAACACCUUUCAGAAUCUCAGAAGAGAUGUGAAGAUUUGGAAGCAAGGUUAAAACACCAGAAAUCACUUGUUUCAGCCACAAAUUCUAGUCGAGUUGGUGGUCUUUGUCUCAAAUGUGCACAGCAGGAGGCAAUUCUUGCACAGACACAUUCUAAUGUUCACAUGCAGGCCAUUGAGAGAGUAACGAAAGAAAGAGAUGAUUUGAUGGAUGCAUUUGUUUCAGUGAGGCGGAACAUGAAAGAGAUGCAGCAAAGAGAAUCUAAUGCAUACGAGCAAGUUAAACAAGCUGUGCAAAUGACAGAAGAGGCCAAUUUAGAAAAAACAAAGGCUUUAGUUCAGUGUGAGCAACUGAAAAGUGAAAUGGAACGCCAGAAGAAUCGUCUUGAAAAGGAGCUAGCUGUCCAGCUCAAUAAGAGGACUGAAGAAAAAGAAGCUCUGCGGGAAGAAAUGAAGAAAGGAAGGGAGAACUUGGCAGCAAUGGUGACGGCCAUGUCUGAGAAUGUUGCCAUGUUAGAGGCUCAGGUAGAGAGAAUUACAAGGGAAAAGAAUUCUCUGGUUAACCAGUUAGAAGAAUCACAACAUCAGCUUGCAUCCCACGAAAUGGAGAUGAACAAGGUGUGUGGAGAAAUGCGCUAUCAGUUGAAUCAAACCAAAAUGAAGAAGGAUGAGGCAGAAAAGGAGCUCAGAGAGUACAGAACAAAAACUAUAAGGCAGCUUGAAAUUAAGGACCAGAAAAUAGAAAAACUGGGAUUAGAGCUGAAUGGAAACAAGCAGCGUUUGGAACAAGCCCAGCAGGAUGUGGCAGGAGCCAGAGAGGACUGCCUAAAACUGACAGAACUGCUGAGUAAAUCUGAGCACCAACUGCACCUCACCAGAUUGGAGAAAGAGAGCAUUCAGCGCAGCAUUAGCAAUGAAGCAAAGGCCCGAGCCCUUCAGGCCCGGCAAAGAGAGCAGGAGCUGACACAGAAGAUGCAGCAAAUGGAGGCCCAGCAUGAGAAAACUGUAAAUGAAUUGGACUCAUUGCUGACUUCCCAGAAAACAUUCAUAGGAAAAUUAAAGAAAGAAUGUUGUUUGUUGGCGAGCAAAUUGGAACAAAUGUCAGAAAAAUACAGAUCUCAAGUCAACCAGCUUAGUCAGGAAAAAGAGUAUCUUCAUGGCAGAUUGGAGAAGGUGCAGAAACGGAAUGAUGAAUUGGACCAACAGUGUAUCCAGCAUGGGAGAAUGCAUGAGAGGAUGAAGUCAAGGUUGCACCAGCUGGACAAGCACUGCCAGGCCACUGCCCAGCAGCUCGUGGAGCUCCUCAACAAACAGAAUCAGCUCUUCAAAGAGAAGCAGCUGCUGACAGAAGAAGUGCAGUUUCUGCGAACACAGGAAAAGAAAUGGGACGCAGAUCUCAAACAGGACACAGAUGGAAUCAAGUAAAAAACUGGAUGGAUGAAGAAAAAUGAGAACAAGUAGGUAUUUUUUCUGUACACUAUAUAUAGAGAAAAAGGAGAGAGAGGAAAGAAAGCUAAAACUAUUUGCAGAUGUGGGCUGAAUCUGGCAAACACUUCAAGACAAAAGGGAGAAAAAAGUGUUUGAAAUAUUUUGGGGCUAGAAACUGUCAGUGUGUUGUUUGUGGAGUGGUUUUUUCUCCACAUUUAAAGAUCAGGGCAAGCACUCCACAAUAGAAGCAGGUUUACAUGACAAAAUAAACAAAACCUUUAAAAUUUAAACUGGAAGGAAAGACAUACAAAUCUUGACCUGGUGGGAACUUGCAGGAGUGACCAAGGCAAAUGCCACAGGACUCAAAAAUGUCUCUGACAUUCUCGGCAAUGAAUUAUAUCUUUUGAAACAAUGACAUGAAGAAUCCCAGUAAAUCACCUUCCUGCAAAUUUGGGGCUCUGUCUGUUUGUCCCACAGACAGAGGAUAGCAGAAGGCUCCAAUUAUCUAUACACCUUCCCACUCUAGCACUGAUUUAUUUCACUGUUAAUGCUUUCCCAGUUCAUUUCCUUGUCAAACUUCCCUUAUGUAUCUUCUUUUCUAAAAUGUGAAGUAUGCUGUAGGCAGAGACCUUGGGAAGUGGAGAAGUAGGAUUUUGUCAUUCCAGCGUAAGGCAGUAAUGGGUACAACAUGAUGAAGAUUCUCAAAUCAUAAUUUUAAUUUUCAUAGAGCUAAAAAGGAUUGGUAUGAUAAUUCAGCCUGAGCUUACAGUGUGUGCUGCAGAUGAAGCCAUUACACUUGUAUUUAAUAGAUGUCAUUAAUAGUUAAUAAUGGAAUAUAGUUUACCAUAGGCAGAUCCACCUGAAGGCAGACAAAAGUUUAAUUACAGGAUUUAUACCUCUUAUUUUGAAAGCUUUUGGAAGAUUCAUAAUUUGAGUUUCUGCUUUUGAAAGUCUUAAAUCACCGGUCACUCUAAAUCAAGAGAGCGAGAUACACAGCUCCCAUCCUGGGUACUAAAUACGAGUGUACAUAAUAUAGUAAACAAAACAAAACAGAGAAAAAACUGAGAUUUCUAAAAAACUCAGUACUGUCUACCCAACAUUUCUGAAUGCUGGAAUGCUCUUCACUUGCAGGAUCUGCCCUGGUGUCCAUCAGUUAUACAGAAGUAGGUAUCUGUCCCGGUUUGUAAUCCCCCUGCAGACUGCGAGUGCCUGAGGGGCCACUGCCAGCCGUGUCCCACCUGUGUGCACACAGCUAAGGGGGCUGGGACCUUGGGUUACCACCAGCCAGAUCUGCCUUCUCCCUUGAACAUCUCCCCGUGCUCUCCAGAUUGUGCCAAUGAACCUGCCUCCUCACUCAUUUGAGACGUCCUGUUUUACAGCAAGCCUGUGACUAAACCACUAUUCCUAAAAGGAAUAUAAAAUAUACUCAACCUUGAGUAUAUUCCCCCCCCCUCACUUCAUACAGGUACUUUUACAGUUGCAGCUGUUCUGAGCUGAGAUGUUCUUUGUCUUCUUAUGUCUGUUGUGGGGCCCCAGCAACAAGCACAGAGUUUGGAUGGGUUCCCAAGUGCUUUAGUUUGCCCUUUUUUUCAACUUAAGUGCUGAAGCUGCCCUUUGCACAGCCAUAAGAUGAGUAGCACUUCCAUCUUAGAUGUCGGAAUUGAUUUGGGCUGAUCCUUACAAGGUCCUCACUUCUUUCAGGAGUCUACUUGGUGGGGAGGAGGGCCUUAAGUGCAGUCUUAAUGUACAAAAAUGUGCUUCUGCCAGGUUUUUGUAACAGCCAGUGACAUUCUGCAGACAAGGUAUGAUUUUUUGAGCAAUGAUGAGUUAUUUAACUAUGAAAGGAAGAGAGGGAGACAGCCAGCACAGCAUCUGAUGCCUGGCUGCCCUGAUAGGAAUGCUUCCAGUGCUGCAUCGUGUGAGCAUGGCCAGUUCCAUGAGCCUGCAGCUGUAGGCAGGAUCCACACCUCCUGCAAGGUGCCUGGCCAGGAGCACAGCAGUGCAGGGUGGGUGUAGUUUGUCAUCUUCUGUCUGGUGCUGGCCCUACGCAGAGGGGUUAGUGCAGCACAGAGGAGGCUUCCUCUGAGCACUCACUGAUACUGAGUUCAACGUCUAUGUCUUUCCCUGGAUUUUGCUCGUGUUGCAGCGCACUGAUCACCACUGCAGGUAAUGUGGUGCAUGUAUUCUUGGAAAAAAAAAUACCAUGUUACUGUUUUUAAUUAAUUCUUUAAUGAACUGCAGCAUUAUAAAUCCUUUUUUAACUCUGCCUUCAUUACCUUAUCAAGUUUUGUUGUGUUUUUUAAAGAAAAACCCUUAAGUCCUCUAACAUAAAACCAGCUGAUGUGGAAAGUUUAUUUUUAUUUCUGAGGUCAUUUACAUCUCUUAGAAUUCAAAUUUCAGAACUCCAGUCACUUAAUUCUGGGUAUCCACCCCAGCUCCAGCAGAGCUUUAUCUCUCGGUCUUAAUGAAGUGCUGAAGUGCUACUGAGGAAGCACAAACAAUAGCUAUGCAAGAGCUUCAAAACUGUAUAUUAGCCUUCCCACCAGAGGUUUUCUAACAGCGUGCAGGCAGCUUCCUGUUUUGAUACAGCUGCCCACCCCAUAUACAGUCUGUACAAUUCACAGUAAACACUCUCUGGCACAACCCUGCCUCCUCCUUACUGGAAGGGAGAAGGGGCAGGAUCUAAGACGUGCCCCAAAACAGCAGCUCAGUCAUUUACUGCUAAACACGAGUGAUGGCUAAAGCUCAGGGAGACCUUGUUUUUCAGAAAUCAAACAGCUCCUGCACUUGUUACCUGGAAGAGUUCUGAUCUUAGAAAGAGGCAGGACAGCAGGCCCGCAGGAAGCCAAGCCUUGGAACAGUGCUUGUUUACAAUUGCCACAUUCUUAACCAUUUAUGUAUUUCUCUUCUGAGCACUCACCCCCAGGCUGAAGUGACACAAAUGAGAAGUGCAAGUAGCUCCAUACACACUACUUACGCUCCGCUCCCAUCUCUUUCUUCUUUCAGUUCUCCUCUGUACGCGCCUGAAACUUGGGCUUCUCUGAAGCUCACACAGAGAACCAUUUACAGAGAAGCAGACAUGCUGCCUACCCUCACCUGCUUUGCAUUUGUUUUUAACUAUAGUGCCAUCAACAUACUGAAACGUUACUCCCCUACUGAACUUUCUAGGAAGACAUCUCAGACUUGCCUAAGACACUGCGAUCCAAUGUCAACAGCUGUGAUGGAGCACAUACUGGAUUUGUUAUUUCUACAAUUUUUAUAAAAUGUUUUUAUCUAUUUUUGUAAUACAGAUGUCUGUCUUAUUUACCGAUGGCAGUCCUAAUAAAUUAGUUUAUUAAUUCUUUUUC